AUGAAAUCUGCGAUAUACUUCACCUCUUUCCUACUCUGCGUGGCAGCGGCACGUGACACGCCCCGACCAACUGCAGUUGUCGAUGCUGGGACGGUUGUCGGCGUGGCCACCUCUCUGCCCUCGUCGAAGGUAACAGUCAACAAGUUCCUCGGCAUCCCUUAUGCUGAGCCUCCUGUGGGCUCAAGGCGAUUCUUGCCUCCGACUCCCCACGCCCCUUUCGGAAAGAAGCCUCUCGAUGCCAGUCAAUGGGGUCACAUUUGCCAUCAGCAAGAUUCAGUGGAGAACGUUGGUGAGAGCGAAGACUGCCUCACUCUAAACGUCUACACACCUGAUACAUGCUCUGGAACAAGGAGACCCCCUACAACAAAGCGAUCCGUAUUGGUCUGGUUCCAUGGGGGCAACCUGCAAGCUGGAUCCUCUCAUAUCGCGACUCUUGACGGCACCAGCUUUGCUACUAACCACGACAUCGUAGUGGUGACCUUAAAUUAUCGUGUGAACGUAUUUGGCUUCCCCAACUCUCCUGCCCUCCCUCUCACUAAGACCAACCUUGGCUUCCUCGAUCAGCGACUGGCCCUUGACUGGGUGCAAAGGAACAUCCAUGUAUUUGGCGGCGACCCAAAGAAAGUAACGAUAGCCGGCGAAUCGUCAGGUGCGUCUUCAGUCGAUCGAUUAGUUGACACUUUUCCACCUCCCCUGAUUCCACCAUUCCGCGCCGCGGGAGAGUCAAGCGGCCAAGCCACAGUGAGCGCCUUUGACCGAAACAGUGGCCCAGCCUCCUGGGCCGCGCUGGCCUCGACGUUGGGCUGCAACAAUACCUCGCCGCAAGUCGAGCUUGUUUGCAUGCAGGCUGCAGACGCGCGGACUAUCAAUACUCUAUUAACCGGCAGUACGCUCGACUUCAGUCCUGUGAACGAUGGGGUGACACAGGUUGAGCUGCCAUAUAUUGCCAAGCGGGCUGCAGGUGCCGCGGCGAAGGUGCCGCUGUACAUUGGGACAUCGGCUCAGGAAGGGACUGUGCUCGCUAGUGUUUACGGGGUGGACAUCGCAAACUUCAACGAGGAUCAGUUGGUUCAGUUCCUCUCCAUUUUCACUGGAGGAAACAAGGAGGUGGUUGACCAGUUCACCGCCCUUGUGCACUCUAUUAUGCAGACGGACGGACUGUCUCUGUUCUACGCCGCAACGCAGGUAUACACGGAGCUUGUGUAUCAAUGUCCAGCUAAGCUGGUCUCCCAGGCGGUGGCCCAGAGCGGUGUUCCGGUGUGGAGGUCCUACCAGAAUGCUUCCUUCCCCAAUAUUCAUCUGCCCGGUUACACCGAGUUGGGUGCCUAUCACACAGCAGAUCUCGGGCUUAUCUGGGGUACUUACCCGACCGAAAAUGCCACUCUUGCUGAGGCCAAGCUGAGUAAAACGAUACAGGCCUCUUGGGCGGGCUUCAUCAAGGAUCCUUGGGGAGCGGGUCCUGGAUGGGACAGAGUUGACAGCAACGGAAAUAACCUCGCCUGUUUCGGAUGUGACGGUGGGACAGGCGUUACGCUCAUCGACGAGCCAAAGGCCGAUGCGAGAUGUCCCUAUUAUCAACUGACUUAUGACACUACGAAAUCGCCGUAUUUCUGA